UAUCACAUGUUUCUUGUUGUCAAAGAGAAUAGAGAUAAAUGUUAAUUCGCCGAAAUGGACAUCUUUUGAUUUUCAUAGCCGGCUUCUUCGAGUAUUUUUUUUUCUCUUCGAUCUUCAAUGAUUAGGGUGUUGUGCACAAUGGAUGAUGAUUGAUCGAUCGUCUAAAAGAUGAUGUUUUCCUGUAUAGUGCUAAAGUCACAUCAAAGAAAAUGACUCCAAAGCAUCCGACGGUAUGUCAAGAAGAGAUUUGAUUGGUUUUUGGAUCGGUUUCCUGGAUGCACUCGAGAGUUUUCGCAUUUACUACGGAGCCGCUCUCUGCCAAAGUCAAAUCACAAUGGAGAGCUGAGAGGCUUUUGUCUGAAGUAGGUAGACCGGGAGAGCAGAUCAUCCGAAGAUUUGCACCGGACGAACAAUUGCAAAUACGUAUGUAGUCGUCCAGAGUCAAGAGAUUAUAAUAUACUGAUGUUCUGAUCCAAUAUCGACAAAAACCUCUCAGCUCUCUAUUGUUAUUUGGCUUGAAUUUUCAAAGGUAUUCGUGUGUUGUAGAGAGCGGCUACAUAGUACGAUGUAAAUACGAAGACUUUCUAGUAACUAUGCUAACGUAUUUAGUUUAGGACACUAAUUACUCAAUGGUUUUCACAAUGUAGCCUGAUCGAUACUCAUUCAUUCAAAUAUUUGAUUUAUGCUUACAUAGUAACUUCACAUUUCUGACACAAUGGAGAUGACAACUAAAACUUUGAUGUCGACGAUGAACACGACGGGCAAUGGCACCGUCGAUGACGGCAACGAACUCGUCACCUUGCUCACCCAAGCGACCAACAUUCUAAUCCUCGUCUUCCUCAUGAUAGCUAUGGGCUGCACGAUCGAGUUCAAGGAUUUGAAAGAAACGUUUCGUCAUCCAGCUGGUUUCUUUGUCGGGAUGCUAUGUCAGUUCGUCCUCAUGCCCCUCAUCGCUUUCUGUCUCGGCCUUGCUUUCAAACUAGAGACUGGGGGCGCCCUUUCGGCCCUAAUCCUCGCCUGUUGCCCUGGGGGCACUCUCUCCAAUCUCUUUACCUACUGGGUUGAUGGUGAUGUCUGUCUAAGUGUAUGCAUGACAUCGGUCUCUACCGCGGUUGCUAUCGGGAUGAUGCCCCUGAAUCUCUUCAUCUAUACCCGAGUAUGGACAGGUGACCAGGUGGUCAUUCCGUACGUCGACAUAGUCACCACUCUUGUUAGCAUUCUCAUUCCCGUUGCUUUCGGGGUGUUUCUCCGCUGGUGGAAGAAGGAAUGGACCAAAUAUAUAACUAAUUUCGGCGUAGUUCUCGCAUUCCUCUUGAUAAUUGUUGCCUGGGUUCUGUUCUUCAUGCUAAACCCGGGCUCGAUUUCACUAACGUUUUUUAUGCAUCGCUAACCCUUCGUA